AUGCUCGCACUACGCGAUAAGGAGAACCUGGUGCACACGCACCAAACGACCGCUGCCGCAAAGCCUUUGAACCAGGGCCUUCGCCAGUUGCAACCAAAGACUCCUGGAACCCGACCGUCCAAAACACCGUACAAGAUUCCCCUAAACGAUGAAAAUGGCGUUCCAGCGUUUGGAAAGAAUACUGUCAAAGUCAAAGGAGCUGGAGUUGGAAAUGCCCAGCAGUCGAGCAAGGAUGCCUUCGUCACGCCUUUAGGACCGCGCAAUCGGGCUCCUCUGGGAAUGAAGACGACCAAUGCCAAAGCAAAUGCUUUCCAGACGCCGGGGCUACAGGGAGACACUUUGAAGGCACCAAAAACAAACCGCAAAGGCUCUAGUCUCAAAAAGGCCAAAAAGGUAGAGCCUCUCGUUCAGCCUUCCCAACCACAAGUAUCAGCCAAAACAGAAGAGGAUGAUGUGCCUGACGUCGAAUAUGCUCCUCCUAAGCCAAAAGAGCUCUCUGACGACCCGGAGGAAGUCACCUAUAAUACCAACUUUCCACAGUUCAAGGGGCGCAAUAUUAUACGCGGAUGGGAGAGAAUCUACUUACACGGCGACAUAGGAGAUGACGGCCUGACCGAUCGCGAACGCAAGUUCCAGCAGGAAUCUGUGUCCUAUGACAAGAUGAUCGAUGAAAUAAUUCAAAAACAAGUCGAGGAUAUCGAACUGCCAGGAUUGAAUGCCCGUGAAGCCCAGGACCUGCCAUCCUUCGAUGAGCCAGAUCAGCAACGACAUAACAAAGCCAACGAGAAGAAAGGUCUUAACAAAGGCCUGUCUAGCCUGAAGGCACGAGAUGCUGCCAAAGCCCUUUCCCAGACCAAAUGCUCAUUGGCAAAACGUGUUGAAAGCACCAAGGUUUCAACGAGCCGCACAUCCAAGGCGCCAUUGGCCCUCAUAGCGCCGAAGAGGAGGACUCCUACUCCAACAAAUUCAUCAACCGCACACAACACUGCUGCUGCAGCUAGCUCUCGUACCACUCUGGGAUACUCUAAAGGCAGAAGUGUGUCCUCUACGCUCCAGACCAAAGGAAACCCAGCGAAGGAGAAACAAGCUCCAUCAAGAGGAAUACUCGACCCAAGAAAGUACAUGCAGCUCUAUGGGCCUCCUCCAGCUGGCAGUGAGAUGUGGAUGCAGUGCAAGGAGGCUGGGCUGGUGGCCGACCCGGAGGAAGUUGACAAUGACUUCGUCCUGUCGCUGGAUGAGGAGGAUGAAGAGACCAGAAACUUCCAGCUCACACUAUAG